UUCAAUCAAAUGAACUGAUCUUGUAGAAACACUGGAAUCAUUUAUGCAUUGCAGUUUCUUUCUCUCCCUCUCUCUCCUUCUUCCUUGGGAUAUUUUGAGUGGAUUGUAUCUAUUAAUCAAGACCUCUUGUUAUAUGUUGCUCCUUUGUCAUUUUCAGUAAAGAUUGGCAUCAUUCAGAGCAAAUGCACAACUGCUUUUUUCCCCCAAAAAUCAUUUUUGGGGGCUGUCGAUGGAGUGCUAGCUAGGACCCAGGAGACAUCCUUCCAAACAGCAGGGGUUGUGUGCUUCCACAUAGCAGUACAGUACAAGGAAAACCCCAUCGGAUCUGUUAUUGCAGGAUACUUGUGAAAUAUACAUAGGAUUCUUUCUUUCUUAUGGCUGCAUCCCGGAUUUGGAAAUUUUACAUGAGCACUAGGAAGCUUUGAAAGACUCCAUGCACAGAGAAGAUUUGCAACCAGGACUACACUUGCCACAGAGCUCACUGACUUGUUCAGUUAUCAUUCCCUUUUCUUUUCUUUAGCUUUUUUCCCCUUUUCUUUUUCUUUUCUCUCCUCUCUUUUCUGUAUCCCUCCUGGUCUGUUUCUCUUUUUUCCCUUAGUCUUUUAUUACUGCUUCACACCUGGAUCGUAUCUUCACUGAACGGGUACUUUGAGAACUAACAGAAGACAGUCUUGUGGGGGAAGAUCUAUAUGGAAUUAUCGGCUUUUAUGGUGAACUUGGCACUUGUGAAUGGGUAUCUUGUUCGCAUUAUUAAUUGCUAGCAAAAAAAAAAAAAAAUCACACACGGGAGUAAAACGUGGAUUCUCUGAAUACGCAUUGUGAUGACCAGCAAUUACCUUGUUGACUGAUAUCAAGAUCGGAAUAUUUUGGAAGACUGUGGGAAACAGCCUUUUAAGAGCUGGAAAAUGAAAGCUCCAAUUCCACACUUGAUUCUCUUAUAUGCCACAUUCACUCAGAGCUUGAAGGUUGUGACCAAAAGAGGUUCAGCUGAUGGAUGCACUGAUUGGUCUGUGGAUAUCAAGAAAUAUCAAGUUUUAGUGGGAGAGCCUGUUCGAAUCAAGUGUGCAUUAUUUUAUGGCUACAUCAGAGCAAAUUACUCCCUUGCCCAAAGUGCUGGACUUAGUUUGAUGUGGUAUAAAAGCUCUGGACCAGGAGACUUUGAAGAACCAAUAGCAUUUGAUGGAACUAGAAUGAGCAAAGAAGAAGAUUCUAUUUGGUUCCGGCCAACGUUAAUACAAGACAGUGGUCUUUAUGCAUGUGUCAUCAGAAACUCCACAUAUUGUAUGAAAGUGUCCAUUUCACUGACUGUGGGUGAAAAUGACACUGGACUCUGCUACAAUUCCAAGAUGAAGUACUUUGAAAAAGCUGAGCUUAGCAAAAGUAAGGAAAUCUCAUGCCGGGAUAUAGAGGAUUUUCUAAUACCAUACAGAGAGCCUGAAAUCUUGUGGUAUAAGGAAUGCAGGACAAAAGCAUGGAGGCCAAGUAUUGUGUUCAAAAGAAAUAUUCUGCUUAUAAGAGAGGUUAGAGAAGAUGAUAUUGGAAAUUAUACAUGUGAAUUAAAGUAUGGAGGCUUUGUUGUUAGAAGAACCACUGAACUCACUGUGACAGCUCCACUGACAGAUAAACCACCAAAACUUUUGUACCCUUUGGAAAGUAAACUGACAAUUCAGGAGACACAGUUAGGCAAUUUGGCUAACCUAACCUGUCGAGCAUUCUUUGGAUACAGUGGAGAUGUCAGUCCUUUAAUUUACUGGAUGAAAGGAGAGAAGUUUAUUGAAGACCUUGAUGAAAAUAGGGUCUGGGAAAGUGACAUUAGGAUUCUUAAGGAACAUCUUGGGGAGCAAGAAGUUUCUAUCUCAUUAAUUGUUGACUCUGUAGAGGAAGGAGAUUUGGGAAAUUAUUCUUGUUAUGUUGAAAAUGGAAAUGGACGCAGGCACGCCAGUGUUCUACUUCAUAAACGAGAACUGAUGUAUACAGUUGAACUUGCUGGUGGGUUGGGCGCCAUUCUGCUGCUGCUUGUGUGUUUGGUGACAGUCUAUAAGUGUUACAAGAUUGAUAUCAUGCUCUUCUAUCGGAAUCAUUUUGGAACAGAGGAAAUUGAUGGAGAUAACAAAGAUUAUGAUGCAUACUUAUCAUAUACCAAAGUGGAUCCUGAUCAGUGGAAUCAAGAAACUGGGGAAGAAGAAAGAUUUGCCCUUGAAAUUCUGCCUGAUAUGCUGGAAAAACAUUAUGGGUACAAAUUGUUCAUUCCAGACAGAGAUUUGAUUCCUACUGGAACAUACAUUGAAGAUGUGGCAAGAUGCGUGGAUCAAAGCAAGCGACUGAUUAUAGUUAUGACUCCUAAUUAUGUGGUAAGAAGAGGCUGGAGUAUCUUUGAACUGGAGACCCGACUUCGAAACAUGCUAGUUACAGGAGAGAUUAAAGUGAUAUUAAUUGAAUGUAGUGAACUUCGAGGAAUCAUGAACUACCAGGAGGUGGAAGCUCUAAAGCACACCAUUAAACUCCUGACGGUUAUUAAAUGGCAUGGACCAAAAUGCAACAAGUUGAAUUCUAAAUUCUGGAAACGUUUACAGUAUGAAAUGCCUUUUAAGAGGAUAGAGCCCAUUUCCCAUGAGCAGGUAUUAGAUGUCAGUGAGCAAGGGCCCUUCGGGGAGCUGCAGACUGUCUCAGCAAUUUCCAUGGCUGCCGCCACCUCCACUGCACUUGCCACUGCCCAUCCAGAUCUGCGCUCCACGUUUCACAAUACGUACCAUUCACAAAUGCGUCAGAAACACUAUUAUCGAAGCUACGAAUACGAUGUACCUCCUACCGGCACCCUGCCUCUUACCUCAAUAGGUAACCAGCAUACCUACUGUAACAUCCCUAUGACACUUAUCAACGGACAGCGGCCACAGACAAAAUCCAACAGGGAGCAGAACCCAGACGAGGCCCAUACAAACAGUGCAAUACUGCCGCUCUUACCACGCGAGACCAGUAUAUCCAGUGUGAUUUGGUGACAGAAAGGAAGGGGCGACUUAGUCCCUUGGAGUAGGAGCUGAGUCUGCAGUCCAGUGCCUGGAACUACAUCCUCGACUGCUGCUGUUAAAACAUGCAUUACAAUCUAUAAAAUACGAGGAAAAACAGGGUCUUGUACAUAUGUUUUUUGCAAUUUAUUUGUAGCAUCAGUGUCUUCCUGUUUUACCAUGUCACUUGCCAUUACAUUUUUUGACUUUGUUUUAUAUGUCAUUGGAAUUUGUAUAUUUACAUUUUUUAAUGAAGAGACUGAUGUAUAGAUAGGAAACCCUUUUUGCUUCAUUAGUAUAAUUUUAGAAUGGGUUUGAUUUCUUUCUGUUUGGGUUUUUUUUUUUUUAACAUUUCUUUGGAGUGCUUGGACAAAGCUAUUUGAUGGGACAAGGACCACCAUAUCCACUUUGCUCUUCUGCCUAGCAACAGCAAGGCCAUGUUGGCCUUCUGAGUGCAAUACAAGGAAUAGCCAAAAUUCCAGUUCAGGAACACAGAUGUGGAGAACACUUGUUCAUAGGAGGGCCCCACCAAUCAGAGCCCUGAAUAUCUUUCUUGUCCUGCCUCAUCCCCACCUCUACCCUUCUAAUGUCAGCAUGGUGUGUGACCCUGCAGAAUGGGAGGGGGUGGGUCUAACUGUCUUAACAUUUAACUCACUGCUUGUCAAAUGACACUCCAGACCCAAAUGUCUACCAGUCACUUUACUGUGACUACUGCUGAGUGCUAAGAAGAUAAGAUCAAGGGCCGGGGUGUUGUUUUGUUUUAAAAUGAGUUGAUGUACCCUUAUAUAUAUAAAGAAAAAAAAAUCAACCUAUAUUUGAUCACUUCCUGGAAAGGCAUGAAUGUGUUUGUGGCUGUUUUUGUUUCAAUAUUCAAUUCCCCUUUUUCCCCUUUAAUUUUUUUCUGCGAAUGAGAUUAUGUGCAAUUGCCAGGCAAGUCAGUCAAAGGGGGUGAAUUGACAUAAAUCAUGAGAUUUAUAUUGAUGGCUUCCAAACCAAAGGGAAGGACUAGGAUGUUAUCAAAUAUGUUUUGUCACAUUGUAUUAUACAAAAUGUUAUUUUCUAAACAGUAAGAGCAAAUCUUUGAAACCUAUUAUGGAGUCCCCUUGUAUUUAAAUGUUAAUUCACUGUAUUUACUUUUCAAUGCUACAUUCAGAAUUGAGCAUUCUUACUUCCUUUGUUUCAGUUUAUAAUAAUAAGUAAAAAUUUUAUCAAUUUCAAGGUGAUUUAAAUGAGAACUCAGGAGGUUAAAACAUGAAUAUUAAUGAAAAUCAAUGUUUUCAAAAUAAACAGUAUUUAUACAAAAGUAAACAUUAAAUCAGACCUGAAAGUGUUUAAAACAAUUAAUUCUACUGAAUAAAGAAUUAGUUUUAUUUUAAAUGUAUCAUUCUAUCUUUCAGAAACACUGAAAGCUUGUUCCAAUGCUCCCAGAAAAUUCAUAUCAUAUAGUUCAGCUGUGUCUGAAAUAAAGGAUAAAAGCUGCUAAUUCAUAUUCAUGUUUUGUAUGGCAAAAUAAAUAAAUAAAUAAAGUCUAUUGUAAAGAAACCUGCAGGGGGCAGAAUUGUAAGAAAACAUUCCCUAUGGGAUUUUUUAGUUUUUUAAAAAAGUACACUGAUAAUAGGAUUUUUAACAUUAAUUUAGGGAUUCAUCAUAGGCAUUUUCAUUACUGUCAGUAAUUGCUGACCAGUGCAAUGGAUGUUGUAUUUUUUUAAAUUUAUUCUUACCAUCGAUAUAAGAAAAUAACCACUCUAAUGUUUUGGUCUCAUUAAUAAGAUAUUAUUUGAUCAGAAAAGAAAGUAAACUACAGUGUAGUUCAUGGGGAAGGGGGCAAGGGCCCAUUGAAAAUGUAUGAAAAAUGAGAAUAAAUGUGAUGUACAAGUCCAAAGGAUCCUGGUACCCGCAUAACAACAAGAUAAAGGUGCUAUGGGAUGUUCAGUAGCUUUUAUUUGCCUAAAAACGUUUAUUUCUCUAACAAUUCCCGUGGGUGCUCCUCCAGUCUGUUCUUUAUUGUGAUGCAUCCCUCUGGACAUGUGCCAAAUUUCAACAAAAUAGACCUGAAGCUGCCAGGACAGAUAAAAUUUAAAAUCAGCUUUGCACAUUUGGUUAUUUUCAGACUCUAAGAAGCCCAUUAUUUUCUUGAUAUUAUGGACACCUGUCAGGAACUGAUGGCAUUUAACUUCAUUGGACUGGAUCCCAUACUCUCCCAAUACACAGAAAACUGAAAGCACUGCAUUGGCCUUUUUUUUUUAAACUGAAGAUGGAAGUGUGAGAAAAAUGUAGAGAAAAUGAUCAGACCACAAUCACAUUUUAGGCAUCCACAAGUGUUUAUUUAGCUGCAUUGGGAGUAUAUUUUUGUUCUAUUUUUAGCACUUUGAAUAGCAUGAUUCAGGGAUUGAUGGGUAAUAUUUGAUAUUCUCACGAUUUAAGAAAAGUUUCUUUUUCUUCUAAUGCGUUGUCAUAUUAUGAAACAAAGGAAUGAAAUAAACAGAGAAGAAGUUAUUGAUGAGUUAAGAAACAUUCCUCCCAAAAUAUUCCUUUUCUAUCAACAGCUCUAUGUGAGAACAAGUGAAGGAAACUGUCAUGUGUUCAUGUGCUCAAUGUUUGACAAAAGUUCUGUUAGAACUCACAAUAAAAAGAGAAAAAAAGUAUUUUUCCUUAGUGCUUAGGCUCUAUCCUUUUUCUUGAUUGGGUUUGGGGAGGGAAAGAGGAGGUUUUCCUAGUUAAAAAACAGAUGAAAUUGUGAAUAUGUUAAUUAAGCUAAAGGGAGAAAGUAGAGAGAGACAGAGAAACAGUGAGAGACAGAAACAGUGACAGAAAGACAGAGACAGAGAGCUAGAGACAGAAACAGAAAGCCACAGAGACAGAUAAACUGACACAGAGAGAGGGAAGAGAAGAAAAGAAAAAAGAAAGAGAAAAAAAGGGAGGGGGGGGGGGGGAAGAGACAGAAACAGAAAUCAGAGAAACAGAAACUCCCUAGCAUAUAGUAUGCUGAUCUUGUGAAAAGUAAGAUGACUAUAUCUUCUUCUUUCAUCAGUUGUUUGAACUUAUUUUUUAUUACUCUUCAGAUAGCUUCUGUCUUCCUCACUCCCAGUAGCCGUUCCUCUUCCUUCCUAGCUAUCUGACCUAUUUGAAGUGUAGUCAGCAUGUAGCUGAUUCCUCCGUAGCUCUGAAGAGUAGAGACAGCCAGAACAUGGCAUUUCCUUCAGCUGAAUUAUUGAUGGGCAAGUAUGUGGUAUUUAUGUUGACUCUCUCUAAAGAAAACCCAAGUAAUGGAUUUGUAUUUCCAACUCUUCUCCAAAUCCCCUUGUACUUCUGCAUCAUCAGCAUUUUAUGAUUUUCACUUUAAGCCUCUGUAUAACAAUUUCACUGGAAGGUCUUUUGCUUUUGUCAUGGCUUUAGUUUUAACUCAACAGAUGCUGCUUUCUUGGAUGCUUCUAUGUUCUCCAUAUCUUCUAAAAAAACAAAAACAUAAGAGCCAACACUCAUGCUUUCUUUUUAAUAAUAUUGUUCUCAGAUAUUUUAUAUACUAGUUUAACUAAACUUUUCCCACAAUAAGAACAACACUCACUUUUUUCUGGAAAAUUAGCUCUAUUCUUUCUUUAGCCAGUAGGGCUGUAGAAGGCUUUUCUAGUGACAAUGUAAUCUAUUUCUGGGAGGGUGUGCUUUGUUUUAUUUUCUUUUAAAUUCCGGUUAUAGUCUUAAAAAGGAAUUUUUUUUGAAAAUCAGGGGAUAAAUCAGCUUUCUGUGAGUGGAAAUAGGAGGAAAUUAUAGUUGGCAUUUUUUAAUUCUAUUAGUUCUAUUAGGAAUCUGCAUUCAAGACUUGGUGUAAUUUCUCAAUUUAAUUGACCUAUUUUGUCAUUAUUCCCUUUGAUUCCUCUUCCCAAAAGACUACUCCCUAACAGUCACUCCUUUAUGUGUUUUUUUCUUCACUAUUAUAUUAUAAGCUUUUUGAGGA